CCAGCGAGCAGCCCUCCCCCCCUCUCCACUCUCCCCUCUCCCUCUCCAACAGAAUGCCCGACGACCAAACGGAAGCAGGCGCUACCAUUUUGAAAUACAGCAACGCCUAGCGCCAUGGACAAGAGCCACACAGUGAAGCUCUUUGUGGGCAACUUGGCGCUAGACACGACCCAAGAAGAGCUGUCGGCCAUCUUUGAACCUUACGGCCAGGUCGUCAGCUGUAGCGUUUUGCGGCAGUUUGCCUUCGUGCAUUUACAGGGCGAGGGAGCGGCCGAACGCGCCAUCAGAGAGUUGAAUGGGCGCGAGUUUCGGGGCAGGAACCUGGUGGUGGAGGAGUCAAGGGGACGGCCGCUUCACUCCACCAAAGUGUUUGUGGGUAAUCUGAGCGGCAUGUGCACCACCGAGGACCUGCAGCAGCUCUUUCAGACCUUUGGGAAGGUGCUGGAAUGUGACAAAGUUAAAGGCUAUGCCUUUGUUCACAUGGAAAAUAAGGAGGACGCACUGCAGGCUAUAGAAGCCCUUCAUGGCACCUCAUUCAAAGGGCGCCCCCUGUCUGUGGAGCUGUCCAAGGUUCAGCCCAGCAAACAGACCCCCACAGGGAAGAUCCCAUGUGUGAACUGUGGUAAACAGGGGCAUUACGCUGGAGAGUGCCCCGUGGGGAAACCCUCUCUGGAACAAUACCAGAGCCAGGCUGCAGUCCUGGCUGCUGCAGCUGCUGCUGCUGCGGGCCUGCCCCUCCAGGUCCAGCAAAGUGUGCACAACUCUGUCUACAACACCUCCACGUUCGACCCCACGUACGCAGCGCUCACCGGAAUCACCACCGGCACCCGUACUGAUGGGAACCCAGUGAACCCGGCCGUGUAUGGGGCCCUGGCCAGCCAGGUGUACGGUGCUAAUGUUGCCAGUCAACUUUAUGGUACAGUUGCCAACCAGACAGGGCUGACGUCCGGUGCUACCCAGGUGUACAGCUCAGUGGCCCCUAAUAUCUAUGGGCAGGUGGCUGCUACUCCUGCUGCUGCUGCAGCUGCUGCAGCCGCUGCUGCCUACUCCACUCCCGUUUACACCCCGACCAUGGCUAAUGGGCCCGUCUACCUGGCAGCCGCCCCAGGCCUUGACAUGCAGACGGCAGCUGCUGCUCUCAACCCUGCCUAUACUAUGGCUCCUGCCAUUUACAGCGCCGCUGCCCCGGCCUAUGCCCACCUCAGCGCCAUGGGUGCAGACCCCACUGCGGCCUUAUUCGAAGCGGCACGGCAGGCACACUACUUCGCCCAGGGCCAGCAGGUUGUGGCUGAACAACAGAAUGCAGUGGUGGCGGCAGCUGCAGCGGCAGUGGCCAAGUCGGGGGAGAGGGACCGCAGCCCCCUGAGGAGGUCAGCCCCUCUGCUCCCAGAUCCCGUGAUCAAACCCUUCAUGUACCAGAGGGCAAAGCCUCGGCGACCACUCCUGCCCACACCAGCAGGGCGUGCUGCAGAGGAGGCAGUGGAGGCGGCAGAGGACCCCAUGGCCAGGUACUAUGCGGAGUAUUACCAGCAGCUGCAGCAGUACCCUCAGUUCCAAUACUACCCUCCUCCCGGUGCCAUGGCUCUUUCUGGGAUGCCUGGAGUGACUGUGCCUGCGGUGCCCGCUGUCCCUGCGAUGCCUGCUCAGCCUGUGGCGGCGCUGGAUGCUCUGAGGCCCGUGGCUGCGCUGGACGCCCUCAGGCCAGUGGUCCCCACCGCCGCGGCAGUGGCUGCUGCCAUGGCCGCGCCCAGGGUGUAUGAGCCGCCGUUGCCGCCGCCCACGCGCAAGGAGGCCAUCCUCCGCCGCCCCGAACUCUCCCUUCACACGCCUGAGCCCCCCUUCCGAUAGUCGCACUGCCCCCCCUCCCCUCCCAAACCCGCCCUCACCUCCUCAGCAGCUGUAGUGUGAAUGUGUGUGUGUGUGUGGGCUCCAGUGCGGCGGUCAGACCUGGGGCUUUGGUUGUAUUAACCUGCUUUAAGAGGGCUAGAGCUGGUUCUGAUUGCACACUCACAGUGCAGCCUCAGUACACAUUUCCUCUGUUUAUGGGCAUUCUUUGAUUUACUUUACAGUGCCAGUCUCACAAUAGUGCCAGUAUUGACAAUUCAUUGCCUUUUUUCUGCAACCCAGUUAUGAUUUUCUAGGGCCAAAAUUCAAAACAAUCUUUCAGCCAUUCUCUUUAGGCCUAGAUAAUCAGUUAGGGCAGCUACGUUGCAGCCUUUUGCCUUAUGUUGAGUGGUUUUACUGUAUUUUUCAUGUACCAGAGGGAGUUGUGAGCGGUGCACUGGCUGCACUGUGCAGGGGCCAGCAGAACCAGGCUGUUUCUUUGGAGGUGUCUGUGUUGAAUGUAAAGUUAGUCUGACUGAAUGAGCUGGAUGUUUGGGCUCCUGACUUUGCAGUGCACAAGCGCAGCAGCUACAGUGGCGGCUUGCAGACAAUAGUGAAGCACAUGUUAAACGUACUGUAAUGUAUGAGCGCUCCUUUCCUCCACCCUCUCCUCUGAAAGACACUGCUUCAGCUCUCAUUACAGCUGCCUACCUCCGACACUCCCCCUUCAGUGUCUGUUCUGUUCACUUUUACCCAGUCAGCAGCUCUGCUCCAAAGCCGCAGAGUCAGCGCUUUAGUUUGGGAGGACAAUGACUGUACAUAUUAUGGAUGUCCUACAUAUUGAGAUGCCUUUUUAAAAUUAGUACCUGAUAAUAAUAAUGUGUUCUUUGUUUUUAAUGUAGUUUACAAGUCAGUGUGGGGCGCAGUAAUUGUACAAAGGCCCCUGUGUGACUACUGAAUGAGCUGUUUACAAAGGAUCUUUACACUGCAUCCUCUAUAGACUUAUGUGAUGACAACUAUGUGCCUAUAAGCUUUGAGUGAAGUGCAUUAAGUGGAGGGAUCUCCCAUUUUAAGUGCUUUUUACUUUACUAAUCAUUUCAAAAGAGGGUACGGGAGCAUUUCCUAAGUACUUGCACUUGUUUAACUUUCAUGUAAUAGGUUUUAAAAGCCACAACUUGAGCCUUAAAGGUUCAUAUGAGCGAACAAUAGUGAUAGCACCAAUGACAUGAGAUAUGGGGCAGUGUCUUUUAGUAGUAUUCUCCUUCAUCAGACAUGCUUCAAAUUGUAGUUGCAAAAAAAUCAGACAAAUGAGUUAUGUUUCUUUGAAAACCUUACUUAUUCAUUCAUUUUCUUGAGGGCAUAUCUCACUUGUCUUGUUCUCCAUGAAAUGUUUUUCUUUAAAAUGGAGAAAUAUUUUUUGCAAGACUCUUUGACAGCAGUCUGGGCACAUGGACGUACCCCUUCCCUCCCCUUGUGGUUUUUAGUGGCUAAGUGACUUUUGCAUCUCACAGUGUAAUCUUUGUGUGUCCUAUAUACAAACACAUACCAGUUGCAUCCUUUGUAGAAAUAUGUGGUUUGCGAAAUGUCUUGUUUGCCAUGUUGAAGACCGUAUUUUUAGAAAAGUAUUUAAUUUUUCUUUUUUAGGAAAAGAACAAAAUCCGGCAUGCUUUUUACUGAGAUAUGUAUCCUAUAAUCAUUAUUCUAAUGAUAAUAAAGAAUGUUUGGCUGACUACUGUGGUAAAAGAAAGCAAGGGUUUGGACAUUUCCCCUUUUUCCUCUUUGUCUUUCUGCACUGUCUGUUUCUCCUCAGUAAAAUGACUACCAGACCCUUUUGACUGGGGAUCCAGGGGGACAUAGGUGUAGAUGCUGCCCCAGCUUUGCCCUCUUCGGUCGGGACAAGUGCGGGUCGGUGCUCCCAUCUCUCUCUCCAGCCUCCAUAACUCUGAGCUCAAUCACAUUUGUGUCAAUUUUCAAAUAUUUGGGAGCGUAAACAACACACUGAGUUCACGUUGAGAGCUGGUGAGAGGCGCACAGAUAGAAUGGCUACAUUUUGAUCUGUGGAGCAGUGCUUUUUCUGUCACGGGGCUUUCCUCUGGGUUGUCUGGUCUGGUCUGGUUUGGUCUGGUCUCCCUUCUGCACCAAAUUCUCCCCUUUUCCGUGUGUCCUUGUGUCUAUUCUCUACUCUUAAACCUAAAUGCAUGCGUGAUAUUCUAUGUAACUCUUUUGCUCAAAAGAAAAAUCCAAAAAGUGAAACAAAAACAGUCCAGAUAUGACUAACUAUCUCAACUGAAAUAGGUUCCACCUUCCGGAAGCGUGAUCCACCAUGGGGACGAUGUUUAGCGCGGCGCAUCCACAGUCUCUCUCUCUCUCUGUCUUCGGACCUUCAAGGUAAAUGAAAACAAAACAGCCAAAAACCAAAAAAAGCACUUACCUGUCCUCUUCCCUCGCCUGCUGACUUUUUACCUUUGACCUGUGCCUUCCUGCUCCAUCACCAACCCACCUUUCCCUCCCCUCUUUCUCUCCUACAUGCUCCUGCUCUGCUCGCCCACAACUCUCCACCUGUAUUUGGUGGAGCAAACAGUCCCUCUAUCUCACGUGAUUGUUGUCUCGGAAAUAUGCAGUGUAGUGAUCACGUUGUGUUCAUCAGUUUACAUAAUACUGAAUAAGAAGCCUGUAAUUGAUUAGAUAAAUUUAAAGCCUUAAAGGAGAUAUAAGUGAAACUAAUAGCAUAAAAUAGCCUUAUAAUGUCUAGAUAAGUCAGUUUUAUUAAUGUUUUGUCAGUUUAAGCAUUGGUCUACCACAGUCUAUAUACCAUCCACACUAUAGCAAUACAAAAGGCCAGUAAUGCAUUUAUUUAAAGGUGCACUAUGUUAUUUUUCUGGUAUAGGGUCUACCUGAUUGAUUUCAUAGAAAUGUUAUUGCUUUGCCUGGAAUGUUUCACAGUAUAGCAUUAAACAUGCCUUGCAUUUGUCCAGUUGCAAGUGUUUUAUGACGUGGAAAAUAUCUUGAAAAAUAUACAUACAUCCUUACUGUGUGCAGGCACACCUUUAUCUCACCUGAAAACCUGGCCUUUAAGUUAAUUGCAAUACUGCAGAACAUUCCUGGUAAAUCAAUAACAUCUCCAUGGAGACGCUGGUGGCAGACCAGACCUCCUCCAGAAAAGUGACAUAGUGCAUAUUUAAGUACACGCAAAAUGUAAAGAAAAAAAUCUAAGCUGUCGAGGCUGUUGUUAUCUCUACAGUCCAAUAGUCCAAAAGUUUCCGUAUGUGAACACAUACUGUUAGCUAACACAAUUAUUAGAAUAAAAUCCAUUUUAGGUGAAAAUUGUGUUGUAACUGUGAAAAAGCUGUGUACCAGCAACCAAUGAGUACCACCCCUUUAGUGGAUAUAACCUCCAAAUUGAUUGAACAAAGACUUUAAAAUAAUAAAGCCUAGAUUGCAAUAAGAUAUAACCAACAAUGAGUUCUAACACAUUAAUUGCAAUGUACUAUAUGAAGCAACUUAAACAAAAAAUACAAAAAAAGCUUACUUUGCAUAUCACCAAGAAAGCAACACAAAAAAGAUUAAAAUAAAAAGAUAUGUCCAGGCUUACAGCUCCACAAACCUGACUUAUGGCCUAUAGGA